AUGGUUAAGCCGACUACAACAAUACCGGCUAAAAUUCGAGAAAGUACAAGAUUUAAUCCUUUCUUUAAGGAUUGUAUCGGAGCUAUAGAUGGAACUCAUAUCCCGGCAAUGGUAACAGGCGGAGACGUAAGCAGUUAUCGUAACCGUCAUGGUGUGCAAUCGCAAAAUAUUUUGGCAGCUUGCAACUUUGAUUUGCAGUUCAUCUAUGUGCUUAGUGGAUGGGAAGGCUCGGCCCAUGAUUCAAAACUUUUAAGUGAUGCAUUAUCAAGAUCAAAUGGACUUCAUGUGCCUCAAGAAGAGGAUGCUGCACCAGAUCUUGAAAACGAUGCUGACAAUUUGGAAUAUCUUUCUCAAAGCCAACUGUCUCAAAGAAAUGAAGCUAAUACAUGGAGAACAAGUAUUGCUAAUGCUAUGUGGGAAAAUAGGCCAAUGUAUGGAGACGAUGGAAAUGAAGAUGAUGAGAACGCACAUAAUGUUUAG